UGGAAAUGCUACAGUUUCCGGUGACGUUAGUCUCGUUGAAGUAAGUAGUCUGCUGUGCUACGUGUCCUAGUCGGAGUCUGCAGCUGAGCAUAGCAGGUCGUGGAAUAGAUUUGACCGGUUAGCUCCCAGGAGUAGUCAUGGAUCAGGUUAUGCAGUUUGUUGAGCCCAGCCGGCAAUUUGUGAAGGAUUCAAUCAGACUUGUCAAAAGAUGUACCAAACCAGACAGAAAAGAGUUCCAGAAAAUCGCAAUGGCAACUGCAAUUGGCUUUGCAAUUAUGGGAUUUAUUGGUUUCUUUGUAAAGCUCAUCCAUAUCCCUAUUAACAAUAUCAUUGUGUAA